AUGAUAUACUUCAAACACCAAAUCUUAAAAACCAUAGUUUCCAAGGUCAAAGAUUUCAGUAAAUGUACCAAGUAUACUAAAAACAAAGAUAUUGAAGGCUUAUAUAUGAAGAUGAUCAUCGAGAUAAGUUUUUUUCAAUUUACUUCAUUAACUUAG